AUGCAAACAACACCAGUUUCUGAGGUACCGGAUCCAGUCGAUUGUUUUAGACUAACUCCAGUGAAUUUAAAAACCCUAAGGUCACCUUUGAAACAAAGACCAAUGAGUACAGAAGGGAAUGAGAGUUUAUACAAGGAGAACUUCAACCUCAUUUCAAAACAGCUUCAAAAUUUGUUAAGUGAGCUUGAUGUAAUAUACCGGGAAGUAGGUUACUCAAAGAUAGAGAUUUCAAGGAAAGAAAAACAGAUAUUUCAUAAUUUAUCGAACUCAAUCUCAAAGUUCUUUGACGAAGCUAACGCAGAAAGAGACACAUUAACCAAGGAAUUUCAAACAGGACAAUACACAUUACAAUGUAUGCUAAAUACAAUCAACGAUCCAAAAGGUGUCAAUACGAUACCGGACUUAUUCAUGCGAAAUAAUAUUUUAGUUACUUCAUCGCAGACUAUGAUAGAUGAUAAUUGCUCCAGCCCACACAAGUCAUCAUCCUUACUUAACAAAUUGAAAAUCCUUAAUAAUGUCAAAGACUAUGUGAUGAAUGCAUAUCUACCCAAUUUCAUGAGAUACCUUUCUACUGUGUUAAAGCUACGGCAUUUGAUGGAGAAAGUUCCUGAUAUGCAAGAUCAGAUCUUGCCGACCAACUUUGCUCUUCCACAAAAGGAACUAUGCAGUCAGUUCAAUAGCCAAAUCAGAUCGUGUGGUGGAGAUACGAAACUGCUAUUUAAGUUUUUUCAAGAAGAGAAUGAAACUAUAUUCCAACGUUCUUUUUUCUCCAAAAUUACAAAUGAUCAAAUCAAGUUUUUAGAAUCGUUCAUUAAGAGUUACAGUGAAGAAUAUACUAGGAGGCUAGAACGUUACAAGACAUUACAGAAUGAGCUACAAGAAAUAUCUCAAAGCUUAGGAAUUGAUUACCGCAGUAUAAUUUCCAGUGAGCAACAGAAUGAAAUACCCACAGAGUCAGAACCAGUAAUAAGCUGGAAUGCAAUCGUAUCACUAGAGAAAUCAAUUAAGAAAUACGAAAUCCUGCGACAAACAAGGUUGAAGGAAAAAGAUGAGCUACUAACCAAAUGCCAGACCCUCUGGGGCAAACUAAAAGUUCCUGAUGGACAGCAACAGAAGUUUAUCGAGAAUAAUUCAAACCUUUCUGCCGAGUCAUUAGAAAAUAUACGUGCGGAGUUGGAUAGGUUAGAAGAGAUGAAGAAGAAAUUAAUAAAAAAACUAAUACAGGAUUCAUGCGAUAAGAUUAAUGAAUAUUUCACGGCCAUGUCAUUUACUGAAAGUGAGAAAGCUGAGUUCCAGAAUUCUUUUGAUGAAAUGUCUCGUCAAUCACAAUCGUUAAAAGAUGACGAACGUCUUUUGGAAUUCUGCGAAUCGCAGAUAGAUGAUCUUAAAAGAAAAAUGGAGAUAUUUCAACCAAUCUGGAAAUUAAUUCAAGACUUUGAGUCUUUACAAAACGAUAAGAUCAAAUUAGAUGAAAGUACAAAAGAUUCUUCCAGACUUUUAGCUAGAAACUCACACAAGAUUCUACUAGAAGAAGAGCGUGCUAGAAAGAGGAUCACUAGGUAUUUCCCAUCAGUUGUUAGAGAGUUGAAAGAAAAGCUAACUUUAUUUGAGGAAGAAUUUGGAAAACCUUUCCUGUUGAACGGUGAACAAUUCCUCGAUAUCGUGUUACAAGAACAGGCAGAGUUGGCAAAUAGAUACCCCAAAAGUAGGAUUAACAUGAAAGCGCCUUCUGUGCGGUUAAGGGAUAAUACCAAAACAAUUCCUAAAACUCCAAGUAAGAAUCAUGUAGCUGGAUCUAUGUGCUCUUCAACUUCAUCCUCUGUUAAAAAUCGAGUAGCAAAACCAAUGACCACACCCAUACCUAGGAAUUCAACGUUAAAAAAGGUCACAACUAAUAGAGAAUUGCUUCCACCACCUCACAUUUCUGUUAGAAAGGAGUUUUCUCGCAUUCCGUCAAUAGCAACCACCACCACAGGUUCAUUAAACAACAGCAAAAGAUUGGCCAUGUCUCCUGAACCACGUUUACUUGCUCCAGUAUCGAACAACAAACUGAAUAUUCGAAACUCAAAUGAAAAUGAGAAGAAACAACCGGCUAAGCCGUUAGAAUUAAAUUCUUUGAGAGUAACAAGAGAAAAGAAUAUGAUCAAUAGUUCAAAAACAAACAGAUACAUGGCGGCAAAGUUACCUAGCAGUCCAAUAAAAGAGCCUUUUGGAUCUGUUUAUUCCAUUAGUAGAUCUCCAGAAGGUAAAAUUAAAUUGAACGUUUCCUGCAACUCAGGUAAUAACACAACAAAUGCUCAUGACAACAACCCUGAUUCUAGUUUUCUUAACGACAGUAAUUUUAUCGAAUGGAAACAAAAUCAGGUAGCCAAACUUAAUAAUUUCAAUGACGAAAAUUCCUCCUGGAAUAAUAACAUACAGUAG